CACAGAGUCCCAAGAUCUGAGUCUCCCUUUGCUUUUGUCCUGCAGUCCCACCCGCUGUCCCUGUGCAACACCAGCGAGGAUGAACACACUGAAUCGGGAUUCAUCACCAUUGUCAAGCUUGAACAGCCGGAUCGGGAUCCCAACCCCUGCCUGUCGCUGGCGAACAAGGCAAAGCUGGCGGGGGAGCGUGGAGCCCGUGCGAUCCUUUUUGACAUUACGGAUGAUGAAAGCGCUGCUGAUCAGCUGAGAAAGCCCAGAGGUCUGAGUCAGCCUGUGGUUCUGAUCAGGGGCCAUGAUGCUGAGCUUCUCAUGGGUGUUGUGAACAAGAACAGAGAGGCCCAUGUGAAGAUAGAGGUCAAGGAGCCACCAGCUUGGCCAGACUAUGACGUGUGGAUUCUUCUCACGGUGGUCAGCACUGUCGUUGUCAUCAUUUUGAUUUUUGUUGUCCGCACCAAGUGCCAACUGAACAGGACUCAGGACUCCUUGCAGCAGCAGACCAUGCAGGCCAUUGGGCAGCUGGCCACGCGCAAGUACCAGGCAAGGUGCCGGCAGGCAUCACGGUGGGACUCAGCCAGCAGCUGCAGCUCAGCCCCGGUCUGUGCCAUUUGCCUGGAGGAGUUCAGCGAGGGCCAGGAACUGCGGAUCAUCUCGUGCUCCCAUGAGUUUCACCGGGAGUGUGUUGACCCCUGGCUGCAACAACACCACACGUGUCCGCUUUGCAUGUUCAAUAUUCUUGCCAGAGAUUCGGUGGACCAGGCCACGGCCGCAGGCUCCAGGCUGGCCCCUCGGGACAUGGAGCCCGGACGGCGACUCCACCUUUUCCGCCAGCACCCAGGACAUGCCCUUUACCACCUCCCACAUGCAUAUCCUCAGAGGAACCUCAGGAGCUUCCCCCUGGAGCCAGCCCACGGCAACCCCUUCUUCCACUCUCCAGAGCUCUCCCAGCUGGAUGUUAACACCAUCCACUACAUGCCCUACAGGCCAGCCACCUCCCUGCCCACCUGCAGCCACCCGUCCCCCCUGGCCCCGGGUUUGCUGGGCCAGCAGCACCCCAACCCCUCGGCAUGUGGGCAGACACUGCCACCCCACAGGACUUGUUCUCUCCAGUCCCAGCCCCCCUGCCUGGGGCUCAAGGCAGCCCUGGCGCAGAAGCAGCACCGUGCACCCGCCCUGCGCCGGGGGGCUGGCCACGGGCACCAGCACAACAGCAGUGGCUCUGGGGAGAGCUAUCUCACGGAGCACAGUGGGUACCUGGCAGAUGGGCCAGGCAGUGACUCCAGCUCAGGGCCCUGCCAUGGUUCCUCCAGUGACUCCAUGCUGAACUGCACGGAUGUCAGUCUGCAGGGCAUCCAUGGCAGCUGCUCCACUUUCCGCAGCUCCCUCAGCAGCGACUAUGACCCCUUCGUGUACUGUAGCUCGGAGGGGCCCGCCACGGACAACGGCCAGGACCAGCCGCGGCCACCAAGGGAGACGCGGCCCAGAUCCUUGGACCUGAUGGUGCCUGGGGGUGCUGCUCCGGCCAAGCCUCAGGUGCUCAGCCAUGUCCACUACCACCACCACCAGCACCAUCACUACAGAAGAGACGCAGACUGCCCACCUGGGCGGGCCGGGCCGGGGCCCGGGCAGCGCAAAUCACGAUACUCUGGGGCCAAGGUUGGCUUCCAUGGUGCUCGGACACAAAAGAGGACUGAGAAAAGCCAUCACUGUCAGCAGCCUCUGGAAAGCAGUGCUGUGCUACAGGAGGCAGCUCAGGCAGGACAGCCAGCCUGUCCCCAGAAAGGCCGGGAGGCCCCUCAUGCCACCUCUGCUUCUCCAAACAGGCUGGACUUCAGUGUAGAUGCCACCAGACAAUCGGGAGCAGCUGGCACAUCCCCUGUCCCACUGCUCCCAAGACACAGCUUACAGAGCCGUCAUCACCGACGGAAAAGAAAGUGUCCCCUGGAGCCUGACCCUGCUCUCCUGCCUGAGGACUCAGCCUUGCCCAAAGCCUGUGAUGCUCACGUUCCUCACGGCCAUCCCGCUGGCUACCGCUGCUCACCUGAAGUCCAGCCCCUGAUCCCAAGCACUCCCCUGCCCUGCAGCUCAGGCUCUCGGCCGCUCUGGAAGUGUUUAGUGCCACAGUCCGGCUCAGAGCUGAAAAAGCAGGAGGAGGGGUUGUCAGGACGGGAGGGAAACCGCACGGUUCCUGAUUUUUCAGGGACGGGCACCCCCAGACACGGUCUGAGUCUCCACCUUCACUGCCCAUCUCAGCAGGGUGGUCAGGGAUCUGAAGAGGAGGUCCAGGAUGUCCAUGAACACUCAGUUUAA